GCGGAUCCCCGGCCGGACUUUCUCCUGUUGGGCGGCCGAGCGGAAGAAGGGAAGCCCCCGCCUGCCUUGGCCGACAGAUGCCCGGCUGGUAAAAGUGGAUCUUCCGCCCUUGUGAUCCGUUCGGCCUUUAAGGUCGCGAUGGGGAUCCGCUGGCCCCGCCGGCGGCCUUUCUGAGCCGGGGUGGGGGAAGGACCCCCUCCAGCCCACCCAAUGUAGGCCGCUCGAUCUGCCAAGGACCCUCCUGCAAGGGACGCCCGGAAGAAAAGGAGGCCUGGGCACGGCGGGCGGGGUGGGGGGGCUGCCUGGCUGCCCCCCACCCGGGAUGGGGAAGUGACUCCUCCUGCAGCCGAAGGACCCGGGCCCUCCCUCCACCUGCGGGGGCUGGACUUGACUGCAAACCAUGAACAUGCGCCCCCCUGCCCUGGACAGGUUGGGCUCCCUGUCUUCCUUGGGUGACUCGGCUCUGGAACGGCGCUCGCCCAGCCACCAUCGCCAGACCUCCGACUCCGGCGAGAGCACAGGGCUUGUCCAGCGCUGCGUCAUCAUCCAGAAGGACGAGCACGGCUUCGGCUUCACCGUCAGCGGGGACCGUGUUGUGCUGGUGCAGUCCGUCCGGCCAGGCGGAGCCGCCAUGAAGGCCGGAGUGCAGGAAGGCGAUCGGAUCGUCAAGGUGAACGGGACCGUGGUCACCAACACCUCCCACCUGGAAGUGGUCAAGCUCAUCCGAUCUGGUGCUUACGUGGCUCUCACCCUGCUGGGCCCCCCUCCUUCGUCUCUGGGCCUCCUGGGACUGCAGCACGACCGGCCACAGGCAGGCCCCCCACCGACCACCUGCACGUGCCCCCCGCCACCGCCACCACUGCCGCCGUCUCCCCACCGGGUCACCGCUGGGCCAAAGCCACCCCAGGACCCGGAAGUCCGGAAACACGCGGCGCAGAUCCUCAGGAAAAUGCUGCGUCAGGAAGAGGCCGACUUGCAGCGGUGCUACGAGAUCUACAGCCAGAACCCGGCGGCCUUGCUUGAGGAGCAGAUCGAGGGGGCUCGGCGGAGGGUCAGCCAGUUGCAGCUCAAGAUUUGGCAGGAGAUGGGAGAGCUGGGGGACGCCCCCCGGCUGCCCAGCGACUCCGGCUCCUUCAGCUCCCGGGUGAUGGAGGGGGGCCUCUCCGUCGACUCCCAGGAUGGUGACAGCGGCCUGGACUCGGGCACGGAGCGCUUCCCUUCCGUCUCCCUCAACCGGAACUCCGUCCUUUCCGACCCGGGCCUAGACAGCCCACACACCUCACCCGUUGCCGCCUCGCGGCUCUUCACGCACCAUCGCCGCCAAGGCUCCGACACCCCCUUCUCGCCCUCCACAGAGCAGAGUUUGGAUCAGAUGCUGCAGACGUCUAUCAUCGGCCCGGAAGAGGAUUACGACCCGGGAUACCUGGACAAGGAGAACGACUCUCUGUUCCAAGAUCUGGGGAAGCUGAAGACGCGGCCGGCUCACCUGGGGGUCUUCCUGCGCUACAUCUUCUCUCAAGCGGAUCCGAGUCCCCUGCUUCUCUAUUUGUGCGUGGAUGUUUACCAGCAGCUGAGCCCCAAGGAAGCCCGGGCGCUGGGCAAAGACAUUUGGCACAUUUUCUUGGACAAAACUGCCCCCCUGAGGGUCAAGGUCUCCGAUCAGCUGUUGGCGGAAAUUGACGCUCGUCUGCGGAACGGAGAGGAGGCCCAAAGUGCUUUCUUGGAGGUCCAGGAGGCCGUCAUGCCUGAGAUCCAGGACCAGAUCCAAGAUUACAGGACGAAGCGGACGAUGGGCCUGGGGAGCCUCUACGGAGAGAACGACCUGCUGGAGUUGGACGGGGAGCCCCAGAAGGAACGCCAAGUGGCCGAGAAGCAGCUGGCGCAGCUGGGGGACAUCCUAUCCAAAUAUGAAGAUCGGAGCUCCCCCAUGAGCUUUGCCCUGAAGACCUACAUGAUCCACAUGGGCAUCUGCCCCCAGGAGGCUCGCCCGGCCAGCGUGGUGGAGAAGGCCCAGGAGAAAGACAAAUGGCUGCCUUUCUUCCCCAAGACCAAAAAGAGCAGCAGCGGCAAGAAGGAGAAGGAGGCCGCGGUGGAGGACAAGAAGAGGAACCCCAUCCUCAAGUACAUCGCCAAGCCCAAGAGCUCCUCCCAGAGCACAUUUCAUGUCCCCCUGUCCCCCGUUGAAGUGAAGCCCGGCAACGUGAGGACCAUCAUCCAGCAUUUUGAGAACAGCCAGAGCCACGAUGGCCAGGAGGCCGGCCAGCAGCGCCUUUCCACGGGCAGCUUCCCCGAAGACCUUCUGGACUCUGAAAAUUCCAGGGCCGAGGUCCGGCUGGGCCGGUCGGAGAGCCUGAAGGGGCAGGAGGAGCUGAGACGGCUGCGCAAGGCCGAGAACGUCCCCCGUUCCCGCAGCGAUGUCGACAUGGAUGCUGCCGCGGAAGCGGCUCGGCUCCACCAGUCAGCGUCGUCCUCUGCCUCCAGCCUCUCCACCCGGUCCCUGGAAAACCCCACCCCGCCCUACACUCCCAAGAUGGGGCGCAGGAGUGUGGAGUCCCCCAGCCUGGGCUCCAGCUCUGAGGCCUUCCUGCCCCACUUGCUGGAGGACGAGCUCGGACAGUUCUCGGACCUGGAGGCAGAGCCGGACUCCCAAAACUGGCAGCAGACGGUGGGCCGGGAGGUGUCCGCCCAGCUGCCUCCGCGGGAGAUCGACCGCCAGGAGGUCAUCAAUGAGCUCUUUGUGACCGAGGCUUCCCACCUGCGGACGCUGCGCGUGCUGGACCUGGUUUUCUACCAGCGCUUGAAGAGGGAGGGGCAGCUGUCCCGGGAGGAGCUGGCUCUGCUCUUCCCCAACCUCCCGGAGCUGAUUGAGAUCCACAAUUCCCUGUCGGAAUCCAUGAAGAGGCUGCGGGAAGAGGGGCCGGUGGUGAAGGAAGUCGGAGACCUGAUGCUUUCACGGUUCGAUGGGGCUGCGCUUGAGGAAUUCCAGCAAGUGGCUGCGGAGUUCUGCGCCUACCAGUCCAUGGCACUGGAACUGAUCAGAACCAAGAAGCGGAAGGAGACCCGCUUCCAGCUCUUCAUGCAGGACGCCGAGAGCCACCCGCAGUGCCGCCGGCUGCAGCUGAAGGACCUCAUCAUCUCCGAGAUGCAGCGCCUGACCAAGUACCCGCUGCUGCUGGACAGCCUCAUCAAGCACUCCUCAGGGCAGGCUGCGGAGCACCAGAAGCUCUGCCGGGCCCGGGACCAGUGCCGGGAGGCCCUCCGCUACGUGAACGAGGCGGUCAGGCAGGCGGAGAACCAGCAACGCCUGGAGUCCUACCAGAAGCGCCUGGAUGCCUCCUCGCUGGAGCGGACCAGCAACCCCAUCGCCGCGGAGUUCAAAAACCUGGACCUGCGAGGCCGCCGGAUGAUCCAUGAAGGGCCCCUCACCUGGCGCAUCAGCAAGGACAAGACCGUGGACCUGCAGGUGCUGCUCCUGGGGGACCUGCUGGUGCUGCUCCAGCGGCAGGACGAGAGGCUGGUGCUGAAGUGCCACGGCCGGGCAGGGCUGGGCUCCUCGGACCCCAAGCAGAGCUUCAGCCCCGUCCUCCGCCUCGGCUCCGUCCUCAUCCGCUCCGUGGCCACCGACAAGCGCGCCCUCUUCAUCAUCUGCACCUCCGAACUGGGGCCCCAGAUCUACGAGCUGGUCGCCUCGACCUCCCUGGAGAAGAACACGUGGAUGGGGCUCCUAGAAGAGGCGGUCAAGAGGGCCACGCAGGCGGCCACGCAGGCCCCCCAGCAGCAGGCACAGGAGCUGCGUCCCCACCGGCCGGCCCCAAGCAGCUUCAUCUUCCGGGACGCUGAGAUCAGCCCCAGGCUGGGCCAGGGGAGCAGCCCCCCCGGCCGUGAAGCAGAGGAAGAGCAGGAGGAGGAGGAGGAGGAGGGAGGGGCGUCAGAUGACACUCCGACUGAAGCAGAGCGGCUGGAAGUUGGGCACCCAGAGGAAGAGGAGGAAGAAGAGGAAGGCAACCCGCCCCCGGCACCCCCCUUGCCCCCUCUGGAAGAAACCCUCUCCGAGAGGCCCCCCUGCUUGGAGAGCAUGGCUGAGUCCGCCCUGGGGGAUGUGGAGACCCUGCGGAGGCUCCUCCUGCACAGCUUCCUGCCCUGCCGGGACUCCGAGCCAGAAGAUGACCUGACCCCCACCCCUUCGGGGGUCAGCCACAACCAGCACCGGGGCGUGGCCCCCUCGGAGGGCCCCAGCGCCUCUGCCCUCCCCGGGCCCCCGGAGCUGGACACGCAGGGGGCCAUGACUGGCUCCCCAUCCUGGGCCCCCCCAUGCGAUCCGGGGCCUGGCGAGGCUCUGGAGCAGGUGGGGCCCCCUGUGGCCCAGGAGACUCCCAGCGGGUACCUGGUGGUGCGGAAAGCUGAGGUGGAGGGGAAUAAAAGUGCUCAGCUCUUGAUAGCGAAAGGCAGCCAGGCGGGAAUUGACGCCGGAGCCCCCCCUAAUGCAGAUGGAAACACUUUCUACUUGAGCCUGCUGGCCCACCCGGGGGAGCCCCAAGCAGCUGCCGAGAGUGUCGGGGAGACUGGGAGUGCUUUGAGCCGGGCGCCAUCUCUGCCUCCCGCGGUGCCGUUGCCCAGCUGCCAAGAGAGCACCGGGGAGACCCCGGCAGGGUGGCUGAGCCCGGCAGAGCUGCAGGGCACGCAGGACACGGAGGCCAUCUUCCGGACAAUAGAGCAACUCACCCUCAAGUUGACCAAACUCAAGGACGUGGAAGGGGCGUACCAGCAGCUGCUGCUCCAGGGGCACGUCACCCCCGAAGCCUCGUUGCCAGAACCCGGCCGGAUGUCACCCAGCACCCACCGGGGGUCCAGAGUCAGCCACCCCUCCCCACAGUCCCCAGUGGCUGCCAAGCCUGAUGUGAACGGGCUCUCGCUUGCCCUGCCCGAAGACAGCUCCCAGGAAGUGACCCUGUAGGGUGGGAUGGCCUCCGCCAAGGAAGGAAGGAAGGAAAACGCACCUCCGGGUGAUGCCUCCUUUGCCCUCCCACUCCUCCUGGCCUGUGCUGAAGGUGGGAGGAGGCCGUGGAUGGGACCAGGAGCUGCCAGGGUGAAAAAUGGCCAAACCGAGGAGGAAGCGGAGACGAGCGGGAGGAAGCCUCGUGCGGAAGGACAGGCGCCGGCUUCGUGUGCAAACAUCCCGAGGCUUCCCCAAUGGGAGCGAAAGCACUUUCAGCUCGGUUUUGUCCCCUAGAUGAAUUGAUGGUGUGCGUGAGAGAUACGUAGACCAACGCACAGCCUGCACAGGACAGCGGGAGUAUAUGGUGUAUAAUUGCACUUUUGUUUUCCGGAACUUCUUCUCUCCCCCCCCCCACCUCCUCCUCGGGUAUAAAUAUGUAUGUAUGUGCGUUGAGGUUGUGUAAAUACCACAGGCGGUUGUUUCUCCCCCCCCCCCCUUUUUCUUUUCGACUUGUCUCCAUUCCUUCUUCCGAGGCUCCGGUGAAGGGCCUGGCCCUCUUGGGGCGGGGAAGGCUGCUCGCGGAAGCAGAGGCGACCCCUGGCUCUUCUCAGGCGGCUGCCAACCGGUUCACACGGGCCCCUCCCCUUCCCCCCUCCCCCCGGAGUUUGUGCCACGGGCGCACCAGAGUUACACACUGAAAGCAGGUUUUAUUGCUUUCAGCCCUAAAAGAUUUUUCAGCAGAAAAAUAAAAUAUUCU